AUGUCGGUCAGAUCAUAUUUAGUCAAUUUGAAACACAAAAUUGACUCCAGGGCAUUAAAAGUGCCAUAUACGAUUGUAACGGGUAAUCAAUCAGCAGAUAUGGAUUCAAUUAUUAGUGCUAUUUCAUUUGCUUAUUUUAAUAAUUUAAAAUCUCAAGAAUUUAUAAUUCCAUUGAUUAAUGUACCAAGAGCUGAUUUCAAAUUAAGAAAAGAUGUAGUAUUGUUAUUGGGUAAUCAUGAAGUAAGUGAAGAUUUAUUAUAUUUUGUUGAAGAUUUUGAAAAAUGGUUGAGUUCUUCAGAUGUAAUUAAUGUUAAUUUAGUAGAUCAUAAUGGUUUGCAAGGCACUGAAAUUAAUAAUGCAUUUGAUGAGAAGAAAAUAAAAGUUGUAGGUAUAAUAGAUCAUCAUGCAGAUGAGAAUCAAUUCUUAUCUAGUCAUCCAAGAAUAAUUAGAUCUUGUGGUUCAAAUUCAAGUUUAGUUUUCAAUUAUUUUUAUAAUGAAAUUUUUAAUAAGGAUGAUAAAUUAUUUGUUGAAAAUAAAGAUGUUAUUGAGUUAUUGUUAGGUCCAUUAUUAAUCGAUACUUCAAAUAUGACUCAAAAAGUAGAAGAACCAGAUAUUGAAGCGUUAAAUAUUUAUAAGAAAAUUUUAUCAACACAAGAAUUAAGUACAGUUACUAUAGAUAAUUAUACUCCAUUUUAUUCAAGUUUAAAAUUUGCAAAGAAGGAUUUAUCUGGAUUUUCAUUGAAUGAUAUAUUAAGAAAAGAUUAUAAACAAUUUAAAUUUAGUACUGGUGAAAAUGUUGGAUUUUCAUCAAUUGGUAAAUCUAUAAAAUGGAUAAUGACAAAUUAUGAAAAUGAAGAUAUAGCAAAUACAUUAUCAAAUGCUUUGAAAAUCAAUAAUAUUGAAAUGUUAAUUAUCACGUCAUCAUAUACUCAAAAGGAAAAUGGAGUAUACACUAGAGAAUUUUGUUAUUAUUAUGAAAAUAAAGAUAAUGUUAAAUUCAACAAUUUAGAUAAAUUAUCUAAAGCUCCAUUAGAAUUGAAUGACGAUAUAUAUGGUUCAAAGAAAAUAGAGCCAACAAUAGAAUAUUUACAAAGUGAAAGUAAAGGUAUAUUUAAAUUAUAUAAUCAAGCUAACAUUAAAGCAUCAAGAAAACAAGUUGUUCCGAUAAUUAAAGACAUUCUUGAAAAUUAUAACUAG